AUGAAGUAUUUCUGGGGAAGAACGAACCUUGGUGGUUACCAUAAGACAAUUAAGGCUUUAUCUCAUAAUUCUGGAAGCUUUCGCUCUUCCAAAGGUGAUGUAAUUGAUCUCAACAAUGAGUUGGCAUCACCCAUCUAUGCAGUUGUUGAUAAUACCCUAAAAAGCAGUUUCCAGCUCAACCAGAGUACCAGAAGAAGUAUAAAAGCAGCCUUGGAGUUACUUCAGUUGAAGUUUGAAAAUGAUGCUAUAUUUACAAAGAAGAAAGCUGGACAGUCAUAUCGGCUGGUGUUCAUUAAAACUGAACUAAGAAGAGUCCUGGUGUUAUUGGAAAAAAAAAUUCUUCAGAGUAAAAAAAUAAUAUACAACUCUAUUGUUAAGUCUAUUCAAGAUGGAAUGGAUCCUGUUUAUAAAGAGGCCAGUAAAGAGAAGGGUCGAAACUUCAUGAGUAAAAUUCACACGAUGUUUGAAGAUAAAAUAAAACAAUCCAGAAACUGCUUGUUUAAAGAGGCAAUGAAGAAUAUGCUAAAUGAGUUUACUAAACUAAAGGAUGAAGUGAGAGAAACUUUACAACAAAAAAUGGAUGCCUCUAUGAAGUUGGCACUGACACAGUUUCCAGAGGGUGUGCAUUUUCCAGAUUCCACAGAUGAACUGAAGGAGAUGAAGAACCUCUGUGAUUUGCUAAGCCUUAAUAUUUUUUAACUGAGAGUUCAAGCUUAAAAUUGAGAAUUUUUGGUUUGG